AUGAUUGAUCAGAGUAAUCGAGCUGGUCGACCAAAUGGCGUCAGCGUUUUCAAGAACAGAAGGAGGAAAAGCAGCGGUCAGAGCCCUGGUCCUUCACCUGAUUUACUUGGUGUUGGCCACACUUAUAGUCCUGACAGUAAUCCACUAAGUGCCGCAGCAGCAGCUGGUUAUCCCGCUCAAGCCAUGUUUCCUGGGAAUCCAUAUGCAGCUGGCAUUGCGCAUCCGGCGUUCACAAACCCAGCUGCUCUGACUGGCCACAUGUUCAUGCCCGGACCUAUGAGCCAUAUGAUGGCACCAUAUAGUGCAACACAGACGCAAAUGGGCGCAAAUGUCUGGAUGGAAUCGUUGAUGCCAGGCCAUAUGUCCAUGGAUGCUUAG